AUGCAUGUGCUAAAAAUUUAUUUUAUUGUCUUAGUUAGUGCGAUAUUAAUAGAAUUAAUUAAUUGUAAAUCGAUGAAACGAUCAAAAUGCAAAUGGAUGAAAAAAUCAGUAACGACAAUUUCAAAGAAAAAAUCUGAUUCAAUAAAACGAAAAUGUGUAUUUAAAAAAGGCGAGAAAAAUACAACAACAAAUUUGGAAAUGAGAAAUGCACUCAAAAUGGGUAUAAAAAGUGCGCUCAAAAUGGAUCAGGCAAAAUCAGGAUCAAUGUUUCUUGUUCAUCAACAACCGGAUAUUUUAAAUAAUACCGGAGAGGAUGGUUUAUUUCCAAUUAGAGAUGAAUGGUUGGAUAUAUCAAAUCGAAUUGAUGAUCAUCCAUCUGCCGAAGAAAUGGCAUAUAAUUCAGCUAGUCAAAUGGCAUAUUUAAUUCGUGAACGACAAAAUGAUGAAAGUUGUAAAUCAUCCGUUGCUGCAUGUGAUGCUUAUACAUCGAUGUGGCCACAAAUUGAUGGUCUUUGUGAGAAGCAACAAUUUCAUUCUGCUGGGCAUAUCUUUAUCAUCGAUAUGGAGAAAUUUCAAUGA